GGGCAAGGCUUGAAAGGUGAGAUUUGUUGCCGGUACCAAUCCACUUUUCCUUCCCAUCUAAUAAGAUGGAAGAUUGGUCGGGUUGGGCUAAGGAGAUGCUUGCUGAGAACGGCUUUGUGGAGAUAUUGCGUGCUGUCGGGAUUCUUAAGUUAGUAGCUCUAAGUCAGACUCUACAAAUCAGUGGUAAUGUGGAGUGCCUCCGUCGUUUGGAUCCACGGCACAUAGCAUUAACGUUAGAAGAGCGUGCCACCCUAGUAGCUUUGAAGAAAGAGAUGAGGAGAAACGCCAAUGCUCUUCUGGCUCGUGGAGGAGAGAGUACAACAUUGAUUUUUCGACUUAGAUGCGGUACUUUUGAAUGGGCAAAGUGUAUUCCUCUGGCAAUUCCAUUGGUUGAAGGUGUGAAACUCCCUUUAGCCCCGCUAAUGCUAGGUACGCUCUAUCACAUGCUUGAUUUGCUCCGCUUUGAUGAGAUUCUUGGUGCCAACUAUUACAUCAUUGAGUCACGUAGGACGUGGAGUCUAGAGUGCUACUAUCUGGAGAAGGUUGCAAGACAGUUUGGUUAUGAUCAAGAUGUACCUCAUGUUUCUUCUUCGGACAAGACAGAUUGGAAUAAGGCCAUGCAGCCUUACAUUGAUGAAGUUACCACAACCAUGUGGAGCGAGGGUGCUGCCACACUUAGGUUUUUUAGUAUUGCGAUAAUGUCAACCAGGUUGUCCCCCAUGCUGGAGUAUUGGGGGACACUGCUGAAGAAGUUUGAAGCUUUCAUUCAAUCAUUAUCGGAAGUGGUGGAGUAUGAUCCUACUUCCCUGGAUUGGAGGAUAAUGGAUAGUGGGUACCCAUCUAUCCUCCCAUUCGUGGCAUGGCAAAAGAGGAGUAUAACCAGGCUGGUGCCGUUGGUGAAGAACUUGGAAAGAGCCGAUGAAGCUGCCCCUCCCAAGAGGUCGAUUCUAGGUAAAAGGAAAAGUGUUACCCAUCCGCCUAAGAGUAGAGCAUGUAGAACUUCUACUUUGCCAACCAGCAAGCAAAGUAAGGCUAAAGCGUCAACACCCUUCAAGGCCAAAACUGCCAAGGAAAAAGAUACAAGCCAUGAUAGUAAGAGUAAUGAGAGUUCUUGGGGUGAUCCAAAUCCUGUCGUGAUUGACCAGAUCAAGAGAUUGAGACUCGUUCAUGGUGGUGGGUGCUUGGGUGAGAAGUAUUAUGAUUCGAGUGCUUCAUUCCAGUCACCAGCUUCCAGCAAAGGCUUUGGUCUGAUCCACAUUCCUAGUGACGAUAAAGUUUUGUCUAAGUCUGAAGAGGCUAAGCGAGUGGAAGCCUUGGCAAUGAACAUGGAGGAAGCCUUGGCAAACCUUGAAGUUCGUUGGAAAAUUUUGGCCAGUGAAAUAGGUGAGCCUCCGCUUCCUGACAACAUACUUAAUGUUGUUGACUUUAUCAUUAAUUGGAGUGAUCCUGCAGCCUUCACAGUUGAGUCGGCGAAGAAGGCUAAAGCCAGCAAAGUUCCGCCACAAAAGCCUACUACGACUAGGGGAGGUGUGAAGGUUUCAUAUGGCACCCCCAGUAUGACAAAAAAGCCUGAAACAGCGAAGACUCAACCAGAAUCGCGUCCCAUUAGCGAACUACCUCUUUUCAAGGUUGGUGACUUUGAAUUGGUUCUCGGAGGAUUUAUACCAAUGAGGAAAACUGGUGCUGCCAUCAAUGAGAAAGGUGUUGAGAAAGGCGAGGCCAAGGUUGCAAUCGGUGUUAGUAAAGAAAAGGGAAAGAAGGUCACUAAGCACACCAAUCAUGAGCUCAGCAAGAAAGUUACUGACCUCGGUGAGGCUGAGCAUAGUAGUCAGUCGUCCACGGCUUUAGCUAAGUUAGGUAGGAUCGAUGAUUCGAUCAUGAGGCUGCUCAAGAAUCUUGAUGAGAUGAAUGAGUAUAGGGAUGUCUCACUAGCUCAGUUUGGCUUAGUGCCCCUGGGUGUUAAGAAAGUGGUGGUCAAGGAUGCCUUCUCAAUUCUUUGUGCGACCAUGCGGCACAUAGAGGUAACUCCUUUUGUUGAAAUGAAUGAGGACUUUUUCUAUUUGUGUAAGGAUGCCCUUGAGGAUGCUGAGAGCAUAAACUUUGAAGUCAAUGCCCUUCGCACACAUUUAUCAAACUUGGCAACGGCAUACCUUGGGAUGACUAAGUUCGGCAUGGCCGAAGGUGACAUGGCUAAGAGCUUGGAUGAGCGAAUCAAGGAGCAGGUGAAGCAUAUUGAAAAGAUGGAGAAGUCUUUGGUCGAGACAAAAGAACUUGUCAUCAAACUGGAAGAAGGACUGGUGUCAGCCAAGGCGUACCUAGGAUCGCUCAAUUAAGAAAAAGAACGUUUGGACUCCAGUGGUGUGAUUGAGUUUUGCCAUGCCUGUAUGGAAGUUGCCAAAGUCUUUGGAGACAAGCUGGACCCCUUUCUACCAUGAGUCAGCCUCAAGUCCCAACCUUCUCUUCAUUUUUAUUCCUUUUCCUUUAUAGUAUGUUGAUUGUUGGCCAUGUCACCAUGAUGUAACCCUUUAGUCAUGUUUGUUCUGAGUUGAACAUCUUUGCUUCCAACGAAGUCUGGACCUUGUUGCUUGUUUAUUUUCUUGCUCGUUUCUCUCUGUUAUUCUGAUAUAUCAACUGGACAGACAAAUUUGUAUUGAAGAAAUGGAUCAGGGAAGCUGUUCUAGAUCAUGUUAUAUGAUGCACUUCUUCUUUUUCUCUCUUCUCCCUUUUUAUUUUUUUUUUUGAACACUCCUUGUCCUUUUAUAGUGGUAGAGCAAAAUGAAAGGAGUCUAAAUAA